AUGUCCGAAGCUCGGUCCGCAAAGCCCGUCCGGCUGCGCCUCGCUUGCGACGCUUGUACAACAGCCAAGGUCCGCUGCAGCAGGACUCACCCCUGCGAGCGCUGCGAGGACAACGGGCAGGAGAAAGAGUGCUGCUACAGCGCUUCACGACGACAUGGGAAACGGGCUCGACUGAGGAAGAAUACACAGGAUAAUAGUGUUACGACGCAGUUUACGAAUGCGUGGGAGGACUACAAUACAUACUCGGCUGGUGAUCUUGAGAUGUUGGAUAGUUGGGCGUCUCACAGUGUCGACGUCACUGUUGACUUUGACGAUGGGAACGGUAUAUCUUGGGUUGAUCCGUGGAAGUCUUUGGGUUUUAUGUCGGAUACUACUGCGUCUCAGUCGAGUGGUAUGGUAUCACCUGAUUUAAGUUUAUCGACUGAGCCGAUAUUGUCGAUCAAAGCACCGGAACCAACAGUCAUGCAAGGUGCAAAGCACCCUCAUGAAUGUGAGGCCAUUGCUCUCAAGGUUUUGAGAUCACUGCACUGCAACUCCACCACAGACCAAAGCAUCUGCAAAGUAUCCCCCAAUCCCACAAAACAAAGCUGUUCAAUCCCGUCCAUUGACACAGUCCUAUCCGUCAACAAAGCCGCCCUAACAAACCUCAUCCCCCUCCUCAAAUGCCACUGCGCACGAAACCCCCAUAUCGCAAUUCUGCACAGCGCAAUCUUAUCAAAAGUCAUAUUCUGGUAUAGAGUUGCAGUCACAGCACGGUAUUACACUGACGGAGUUGAGCUACGACCUAUGAAGAUUCAGCUUGGGAUGUUGGAUCUCGAUGAUGAGGACCAAGCUACACUGCAGAGGACUGUGGUUUUGAGAGAGUUGAGAAAGGCGGAGAAGGUUAUGGAGACGUUUGAUUCUUUUGCUGGGGGGAUGAUGGCGGGUUGA